AUGAGGAAAGGUCUGCGGGCGACAGCGGCCCGCUGCGGACUGGGGCUGGGAUACGUGCUGCAGAUGCUCGUGCUACCUGCCCUGGCCCUGCUCAGCGCCAGCGGCACCGGCUCGGCCGCUCGAGAGGACGACUUUUUUCAUGAACUCCCAGAAACCUUUCCAUCUGAUCCACCUGAGCCUCUGCCACAUUUCCUUAUUGAGCCUGAAGAAGCUUAUAUUGUGAAGAAUAAGCCUGUGAACCUGUAUUGUAAAGCCAGUCCCGCCACCCAGAUCUACUUCAAGUGCAAUAGUGAAUGGGUUCAUCAGAAGGACCACAUAGUAGAUGAAAGAGUAGACGAAACCUCUGGUCUCAUUGUGCGGGAAGUAGGCAUUGAGAUUUCACGCCAGCAAGUGGAAGAACUCUUUGGGCCUGAAGAUUACUGGUGCCAGUGUGUAGCCUGGAGCUCGGCGGGUACCACCAAGAGCCGGAAGGCCUACGUGCGCAUUGCAUAUCUGCGGAAGACGUUUGAGCAGGAACCCCUGGGAAAGGAAGUGCCCUUGGAACAGGAAGUCCUGCUCCAGUGUCGACCACCCGAAGGGAUCCCCGCGGCUGAAGUGGAAUGGUUGAAAAAUGAAGACAUCAUUGAUCCUGUUGAAGAUAGGAAUUUUUAUAUUACUAUUGAUCACAACCUCAUCAUCAAGCAGGCCCGCCUCUCAGAUACUGCAAACUAUACUUGUGUUGCCAAAAACAUUGUCGCCAAGAGGAAAAGCACAACCGCAACUGUCAUAGUCUAUGUAAACGGUGGCUGGUCUACCUGGACAGAGUGGUCUGUGUGUAAUAGCCGCUGUGGACGAGGGUAUCAGAAGCGCACAAGGACCUGCACCAACCCAGCCCCACUCAAUGGUGGUGCCUUCUGUGAAGGGCAGAGUGUGCAGAAAAUAGCCUGCACCACGUUAUGCCCAGUGGAUGGCAGGUGGACCUCAUGGAGCAAGUGGUCGACGUGUGGGACCGAGUGCACGCACUGGCGCAGGAGGGAGUGCACGGCACCAGCCCCCAAGAACGGAGGCAAGGACUGCGACGGCCUCGUCUUGCAGUCCAAGAACUGCACGGAUGGUCUGUGCAUGCAGACUGCUCCUGAUUCAGAUGAUGUUGCUCUGUAUGUUGGCAUUGUGAUAGCUGUGAUAGUGUGCCUGGCCAUUUCUGUAGUUGUGGCCCUCUUUGUGUAUCGGAAGAAUCAUCGUGACUUUGAGUCUGAUAUUAUUGACUCUUCUGCACUCAAUGGAGGCUUUCAGCCUGUGAACAUCAAGGCAGCAAGGCAAGAUCUCCUGGCAGUACCCCCAGACCUCACGUCAGCUGCAGCCAUGUACAGAGGACCCGUUUAUGCCUUGCAUGAUGUUUCGGACAAAAUCCCCAUGACCAACUCUCCAAUUCUGGAUCCACUGCCUAACCUGAAAAUCAAAGUGUACAAUACCUCAGGUGCUGUCACACCCCAAGAUGACCUCUCUGAGUUUGCAUCAAAGCUGUCCCCUCAGAUGACCCAGUCCUUGUUGGAGAAUGAGGCCCUCAACCUGAAGAAUCAGAGUCUAGCAAGGCAGACGGACCCAUCCUGCACUGCAUUUGGCACCUUCAACUCCCUUGGUGGUCACCUUAUCAUUCCCAAUUCAGGAGUAAGCUUGCUGAUUCCCGCUGGGGCCAUUCCCCAAGGGAGAGUCUACGAAAUGUAUGUGACGGUACACAGGAAGGAAAAUAUGAGGCCGCCCAUGGAGGACUCCCAGACGCUCUUGACCCCUGUGGUGAGCUGUGGGCCUCCAGGAGCUCUGCUGACCCGCCCCGUCAUCCUCACUAUGCAUCACUGCGCAGAUCCCAAUACCGAGGACUGGAAGAUACAGCUCAAGAACCAGGCAGCACAGGGACAGUGGGAGGAUGUGGUGGUGGUCGGAGAGGAAAACUUCACCACCCCCUGCUACAUUCAGCUGGACGCAGAGGCCUGCCACCUCCUCUCCGAGCACCUUGGCACCUACGCCCUGGUUGGGCAGUCCACCACCAAAGCAGCCGCAAAGCGCCUGAAGCUGGCCAUCUUCGGGCCACUCUGCUGCACUUCUCUGGAGUACAGCCUCCGAGUCUACUGUCUGGAUGACACUCAGGAUGCCCUGAAGGAGGUCUUGCAGCUCGAAAGACAGAUGGGAGGACAGCUCCUAGAAGAACCUAAGGCCCUUCACUUUAAAGGCAGCACCCACAACCUGCGCCUGUCCGUUCAUGACGUCGCCCAUUCCCUCUGGAAGAGCAAAUUGCUGGCCAAAUACCAGGAAAUUCCUUUCUACCACAUCUGGAGUGGGUCUCAGAGAAACCUCCACUGCACGUUCACUCUGGAAAGAUUUAGCCUGAACACAGUGGAGCUGGUCUGCAAACUCUGUGUGCGGCAGGUCGAGGGAGAAGGGCAGAUCUUCCAGCUAAACUGCACCGUGUCCGAGGAACCUACUGGCAUCGAUCUGCCUCUGCUGGAUCCAGCAGGUACCAUCACCACCGUGACGGGGCCCAGUGCUUUCAGCAUCCCUCCCCCGAUCCGGCAGAAGCUCUGUAGCAGCCUGGACGCCCCGCAGACGAGGGGUCAUGACUGGAGGAUGCUGGCCCAUAAGCUAAACCUGGACAGGUACUUGAAUUACUUUGCCACCAAAUCGAGUCCAACUGGCGUCAUCCUGGAUCUCUGGGAAGCACAGAACUUCCCAGAUGGAAACCUGAGCGUGCUGGCAGCCGUCUUGGAGGAAAUGGGAAGACACGAAACAGUAGCGUCGUUAGCAGCAGAAGGGCAGUAUUGACCCAGGCUGGGGCUGAAAGGGAAGGAGAAGGGUCACAGGGAGUCUGUGGACGUCCGGGGGCGCAGAGCUGAGGAGGAAACCCAGUCUAGGCCGGUGAGCUCCACAGGCAAGAUUGCGGCGGGAGAGAGAAGGAAGACAGACACAGCUGCCGAUAUACAUGCCCACUCUACUCGGACAUCGUCACAGGAGUUGAGGACAAUUGUACAAAUGUGUAUCUUGAAUUUAGAAAUCAACCUAAUUUUCCUCUUAGUUGGGCUGUAUGCAGUGUGGUACAGGAUCUUACAGUUUCCUAGGAAACGCUUUUUAUUGCUAUCCAGAUAUAUGGAUAAACUUUCUUAACAAACCCAGUUUCUACAAACGUUGUUUACAUCAAAUUGGACAGGGAUGCAGACACUGCCCAUGGCUCGUUCUAUUUUUGUUUAAAUCAUUUGAAGUUGAAGCUGUGGACGGUUUGCUGUGUCUCUUUCAGAUUAGUAAUUUACAGAGAAAUCACAGACUUCACGUGCAUCAAGUGUCUCAGAUAAUCCUCCCAUCAGCGUUCUGUUUCUAGAACUUGUAGAACCAGUGUUACUGUUUGUAUCAGGGAAGUGGAGACUCUAAAGGAGAGAGGGCUAAGACUUCCUUAUUCCUUGAGGGCACCCGCCUCUUGCCCUUGGGGAAUAAAGCUAUAGCGUGGCAGGGAAGACAGAUUCACGUUCAACCACACAAACAAGCAUUUUUUCCACAACGUGUGUGUCUGUAAGAUGCAACUUGAAGUGGUUUUUUUUUUUUAAAGGUAUUAUUAUCAUCAUUAUUAUUAUUGAUGAGUAUUUACAAGUAUUCUAGUAAAAGGAUUUUCUUUUAACUUGUUUUUGUUAGCAGUACUGUUAGUAUUUAGGUAUUGACCUGACCUGGGCACCUUCUCAUAACAAGGUGGGCGUGGUCACCAGUUUAAUUAAACAAACAGGCAUUGCUUCCUUGACCUUUUAUCUUUCUUCCAUCAUUCUGCCUGGAAAGGAGGUAAAUGCUUACUG